ACAAGGUACAAGAAGCCAUCAAGGCCAUGCCCUUUCUGCAACAAAGCUUGUGGUGAAAAGCUCUCGAGACACAUUUGUUUGGUACAUAAGGAUAAGGAGCAGGUGAAAUCUGCCAUGCAGCUGCCAAAGCGGGAGAGAGACAAGGUGUUCUCAAAGUUCAGGAAGGAAGGCAUAUACCAAGUAAAUAGAGAACGUAUGAAAGAUGACAACCCCAUUUAUGAAAGAGAAAAGUUACCAAAAUCAGGGAAUGAUGACAACCUUAAAAUGUGCAGUAACUGCAAGGGCUUUUACAGCUCACAUUUCUUCUGGCAUCACAGGAAAGUUUGCCAAGGUGAUAUAUGCACUCCAUCUGAAGGAGUACCAGUAAACCUCAUGGAAGGGAAAGAUCCAGUGUAUCAAAAACACCCAGACUUUGUCACUGACAUACUUAGUAGAUUCCAGAAUGAUGACGUUGGGAAUACGUGUAGAACGGACAAAGUGAUAGUUAAUGUUGGACAUCGACUGUGGACUAAACACAGAUCCAAAAAAGACAAGAAACUUGAAGUAAGAAAAUCAGUUAUGGCUGAUAUGAGAAGACUUGCCACCUUAUACACUGAGUUUAAGAAGAAACACGAGGUUCAUGGGACUGCAGAUCUCACAAUGGGACAUGCUGGAGACAUGUUCAGUAGAGAGCACUUCGAAUCUUUGACAGAGGCAAUCCAGACGCUCACUUAUGAUGAAACUGAAGGCAAACUAAAGCCAGGACUGAAACUCUGCUUGUACUUUGUGCUGAAAAAAGCUAGCAAAAUCACUAAAGCUAGUUUUCUUGUAUCCAGGCUAGAUGAAGAUGCAUCUGAGAUUGACAAGUUCGUAGAGAUUCUUGACUUGAACCAGAAUUUGAUUUUUGGGGAUGCACACUACGAAAUCCAAAAGAAUCGCCAAGUGCGUUUGAGGAAGCCUGCAGAGCUCCCGCUUGAGGCUGACAUUGAAGCAUUGAAGACAUACACUCAAAAGAAAGUCACAGAAAUCAUCUCUGAUGAGUUCCUGGUUUGGGAUUCUCACACAUUUGUAGAGUUACGAGAUCUGACUUGCUCGCGAUUGACAUUGUGGAAUGCAAGGCGUGGUGGAGAACCCAGCAGGCUUACAACCGAAGAAUGGAGAGAUGCAGAAGAGGGUGUAUGGAUGCAGAAAGACAAGAUUCAUGAAGUUAAAAAUCCAGCCCAUCAGGAACUUUUAUCUCAGCUCAAGAUAUGCUACCAGACUGGGAAGGGCACUAAUCGCUUGGUUCCAGUCCUGUUCCCAAGAGACACUGUGAAACCUGUGCAACUUCUAUGUGAUCAGGAAAUCCGGCAUACAGCAGGAAUAAGACCUGAUAAUAAGUACAUAUUCGCUUGUACUCAAAUGUCUCAUGACCAUGUUGGAGGGUGGCAUGCUCUAAAGAAUGUCUCAGACAACAUCAGCCUUUCGUCCAACGUUACGGUGAAUGCCACCAAGAACAGGCACAGAGUGUCUACAAUUUACGCAUCCCUCGACUGCCUGCCUGAUGCUGACUUGGAACUAUUUUACCGGCAUAUGGGACACUCCUCUACAAUCAAUCAAACAAUCUACCAGACCCCACUUGCCAUCCAAGAAAUCACCCGAGUAGGGAGUCAUCUCCAUCAUAUAGAUAUAGGAGGAAUGAGGGCACGCAAAGAAUCUGAAGCGUCUGAUGACGAUGGCUGCUCAAGUGCACCAGCGACCUCAAAGGAUGGCUGCUCUACAGCACGGGUGAACUCUAAACAUGACGACUCAACUCUAACGGUGACCUCUGAGGAUGGCAGCUCAACUACACCAGCGACCUCAAAGGAUGGCUGCUCUACAGCACGGGUGAACUCUGAGCAUGGCAACUCAACUCUAACAGUGACCUCUGAGGAAGGCAGCUCAACUACACCAGCGACCUCAAAGGAUGGCUGCUCUACUGCAACAUUGACCUCUGGGGAUAGGUCUUCAGCCCGAAGGUACAACCGCUGGUCAAAGCAGGGAAGCAAGCAGUGCAAGCAGUAUUUCUCUGCAGCAAUCAAACAAGGGGAACCAUUACCAGGGAGGAAGGCCUGCACCACUUUCCUGCAAAGACAUCAAAUCACCAUGGAAUGGCAGGCGGUAAGAAAUAAGGUGAUGAACGAAAGGAAUAAAGCAAAGAAAAACUUUGAUGACAGAGAGAGGAGCUUCCUAAACUAAUAAUAUUAGUUGGGUCAGAUCAUAUGGUCUGAUUAACAUCUUUUGUUGCCUUUUUUGGCACAAUACAUGUACCUUCACCUGUAUAUUCCAGUAGGUAUGUGGCUUCUAAAUGAAUAUUCAUGAAAGAGCUUGCACAAGGACUCAUCCUCGUUUUGUUUCAGUGUCAAGCCUGGUCCUUUAUCUGCACAUGCGCAACCUGUAACUUGCUCUAAUUUGUGAUAGAGCUGAAUUGAUGAAAGUCUAAUAUGGUGGGCAAAGAGGUCAGUUGAAACAUUGGUGUAAUGAUGAUUAAUGAGCCUGAAUGAAGUUAGUUUAUUUCGGUUUUCCCUGCCAUUGACUUAGUGUAUGUAUUAAAGAAAGUGCUAAAUGGUUAUAUAGUGGACAUUUUGUAACCUGGAUGUAUGCAAGUUAAAUGAAUAUUAAAGGUAAUACAAAGUUUUGGGAAUAUUUCACUAGGGUCGGAGAAUAACGUUUAAAUUUUCAUUAUCAUUGUAAAACCUUGUGUACGAAAAAACCGCCUCUGAAUAAAUUGGGCUCUAAAACGCUUUGGAUUUCGAGAUAUUCUAAUAUGAAAUUUAUCGGUGCUCCCGAUAAAUUUCAAAUAGCGCCUACGGUCAUAUAACGGUAGCUGCGACCAUGAAAAUCUCGGAAUAUGCAGUUCUGAU